AUGCAAAAGUUAACUAGUAUUUUCAAAGUGGUUUGGCGUUGGAAGGAGUUGGCAAACGAAUACGAGUAUGUCUAUAAAGUGGUCGGAUUGAGCGAUAUGAUCGAACGACGCUCGUCGAAUGCGGAGAUGAGUGUGGCCGAGAUGGAUGUCUACUGUACGUUGUGUACGGCGAUCAUUUCGUAUUCUCAGGAAGCGGUUGACGAACACAUUCGCUCAUUGACGCACAUCAUCAAUUAUGCGGUUUGUGUUUGGAUUGUUUUUUUGAAGAGUUGGGUUGUGAUCAGAUUUUGA